AUGCACUCGGACGGAGGCCAGAGAGGCCUCUGCGGAUGUCAACGAGGCUACAGCACCUGUCGGCGAGACAGGUGGAAGCUCAGGAGCUUCGCCUGCUGUGCUUGUGCAGUUGUGGUUUCGUCAUCCUGGAUAGCUCUAGACAAGUUGGCCUGGUGCUUUGGUGGAGGCGGGAUGGCUUCGCGAAACUAUGCGAGGGCCCACCUUCAACAACGGCAACUGUUUGGGGGAUUUCUGGACCCGAGUGACUGGCAGCGAGACAGCUUCGUUGGGGAGGCUUUGAGUCUGUGGCUGCCUUCGUAUCCGCCGAAGACAGAAGUUGUUGCACUGGAAGUUGAACCUUCCAGUGACAGGUAUUGGUCGUAUCUGAAGCCAGAGAAAUGCAAGUGGUAUAUGGACAAGAUCGUAGCGGUUGGCGAGAAAGUGGGUGAUCUGGAAGAGAGAACUUUGAUGUUCAUGAAAGCCACUGCGAACGACAUGGGCGCGGAUUUCCAAGCUCUUACAUGGAAGAAGGCCGGGGUCCCCGCAGAGAUCCAGCUUGGCUCCAUUGACAUUGGCCUCAUGUCGGACGGCACAUUCACAGAGUUGGGCGCGAAAGGUACUGAGGCGGCGUUGAGGCGGAUGUUCCUCAUGCUAAAGAACUCCGGGCGCUUCUUCGUGAUUGCAAACACCGAUGACGAGCAGUUUGGAUUUCGAGAGCAGCUGGUGCUGGGUUUCGAGCCUGCGGUCUUGAAGAGGGUUGGAUGGCAGAUACAAGCAGCAAAGCGCGACAACGGAGUCGUCGUUGCAUAUUUGGCAAAGCGUCGGGCGACAGGUGCCAAGAAGUCGCGAAGGAUAACCAAGCGCUGA